GAAAUUGACAAACUAAGCACCAUUUUUAGGAAAUUGUUUAUGCCCACCUAAAUGAAAAUUUGAAAUAAUCAGAUGUUCCAAUUCAUUGCUCCUUGUUGAUUAAGCUUUCUGGAUAACAAGGUGGUUUAAUGAAUUUGAGCAAAAUGGCAAGCGCACACAAAUUAAUUCUUGGGACAUGGAAAAUUGGAUACAACAUUCAUUCCAUUGCAGGCUUCCUUCUCAUAUCCUUUGUGAUUGCUGUUUUCUAUCUAACAGUGGAUACUCGACAGGUACUCGAAGAGCAGACAACACCUGAUGAUUCUAUUCCGAGCUGUGAUUUCUUUUCAGGCAAAUGGGUUUAUGAUAACAUAUCUUACCCUCUGUACAAGGAGAAACAUUGUUCUUUUAUGGAGGAUGACUUUGCGUGUGAGAAGUAUGGUAGGAAGGACUUGAAUUAUCAGCAAUGGCGGUGGCAGCCUCAUGACUGUGACCUUCCAAGGUUCAAUGCUACGGCAUUGCUGGAGAAGUUAAAGGGGAAGAAGCUUGUAUUUGUAGGUGAUUCCUUGAAUAGGAACCAGUGGACAUCAAUGUUGUGCCUUAUUGAGUCGUCGAUCCCUUUAUCAUCAUCUAAAUCGAAGAUCUGGAAAGACAACUCCAUCAUCUUUACAGCCACUGUAAGAAGAUCUUUU